AAAUGUGAAAUCCUGAUUUGGAGAGGGAUGUGGGGAUGUUCUUGGUGUCAGUAUUUAAUAUCAGUAUCUGCUGCAUUCCACAAAGUUAUGAUCUCUGUUAGAAAGCUAAACUGAUUUUUUUUUCUCUUACUGUUUCAGUGUGUCGGUCUUGUCUCAGCAUGACUUGAGCCUGUAGUGCAUUCUUUAUAAUGAUUGUUAACUUGCAGUAUUUCUCUCACUGAGUUAGGAGGAAACCUACCCUUUUAAAAAAAUUUCCUGUAUGCAACUUCUGGCAGAGGCUACUAAGGAAUUAAAGUACUGCCAGUCUCUAUAGAAGCACUUUACCAAUGGUGUCCAGUACAAGUGAAAUUAAUUAGUGUGAUUGUAGUCAACGUCUCCUCACUGGAAGCAAAGUGUUUGUUUCAGUCUAGUGAAGCGUGCUUGUUUCAUCAACUUCUGGCCUGAACAUAAAGAAGCGAGAGGAUAAAGUCUGAAGUAGGGUGAAGACAGCAUAGCUAUUUCUUUCGCUGAAUUGUGAAAUCCUGUUUAAUCUUCAAACUGGCGAUGUCAAGGGUUCCGAGUCCUCCUCCUCCGGCAGAAAUGUCGAGUGGACCUGUAGCAGAAAGCUGGUGCUACACUCAGAUUAAGGUGGUAAAGUUUUCGUACAUGUGGACCAUAAACAAUUUCAGCUUCUGCCGGGAGGAAAUGGGUGAGGUCAUCAAAAGUUCAACCUUUUCAUCAGGAGCCAAUGAUAAACUGAAAUGGUGUUUGCGUGUGAACCCUAAGGGCUUGGAUGAAGAAAGUAAAGAUUACCUGUCCCUUUACCUAUUAUUGGUUAGCUGUCCAAAGAGUGAAGUUCGUGCAAAGUUCAAAUUCUCCAUCCUCAAUGCUAAAGGAGAAGAAACAAAAGCAAUGGAGAGCCAGCGAGCAUAUCGAUUUGUACAGGGCAAGGACUGGGGAUUCAAGAAGUUCAUUAGAAGAGACUUUCUCUUGGAUGAGGCCAAUGGACUUCUUCCAGAUGACAAACUCACUCUCUUCUGUGAGGUGAGUGUGGUACAGGACUCAGUCAAUAUCUCUGGCCAGAACACCAUGAACAUGGUGAAGGUACCUGAGUGCCGUUUGGCGGAUGAGUUAGGAGGACUCUGGGAGAAUUCUCGCUUCACAGACUGCUGUCUGUGUGUUGCAGGCCAGGAGUUCCAGGCUCACAAAGCCAUACUGGCAGCACGUUCCCCAGUUUUCAGUGCCAUGUUUGAACAUGAGAUGGAAGAAAGUAAAAAGAAUCGGGUUGAAAUCAAUGAUGUGGAACCUGAAGUUUUUAAGGAAAUGAUGUGCUUUAUUUACACGGGGAAGGCACCAAACCUCGACAAAAUGGCUGACGAUUUGCUGGCAGCUGCUGACAAGUAUGCUCUGGAACGCUUGAAGGUGAUGUGCGAGGAUGCACUGUGCAGUAACCUGUCUGUGGAAAACGCAGCUGAGAUUCUCAUCCUGGCUGACCUACACAGUGCUGAUCAGCUAAAAACUCAAGCUGUGGACUUCAUUAACUAUCAUGCUUCUGAUGUCAUGGAGACCUCAGGAUGGAAGUCCAUGGUGGUAUCACAUCCCCAUUUGGUGGCUGAGGCAUAUCGCUCUUUGGCCUCUGCACAGUGUCCCUUCCUGGGACCACCACUGAGUUGGUAUGAAGUGUGGGGGCAAAUCUGCUCCGAUUUGACAAAGGCUGGUGUAUGUCCACGUUCCAUUGUUGAAGUGGUGAACCAGUUACUAAAUUAGACAGCAUAUUCCUGAGGAAGAAGUUCCAGUGAUGAGAUGAUUGUUUUCGUAAUGCGACAUCACGUUUUCUUUCUCCGUGAGCAGUGCGGCUCGGCCGUUAAUUGGAGAGAAAACAAUCAGAAACCUGCUGCUGCUGCUGGAGUUUGUUUAAAGCAUGGGAAGAUGAGGGAAAGAAAGCUUGUGUGUCUGAGAGAGCAGCUGGUGUUAAGCUGUGUGGGGGAAGCAGUCAUGCUUGGGGACUGUAGCUCAGUAUAAUUGGCAAACGAAGCCAUAGUCCUUCUUUUAGAUCAAACGCCAUACUUCCAACACACAAACAUGUUUCGGGUCUGACGUGUGUAAUAACAAGCCACAGUGUUCGGAGUUUUACUAAUAGAAAUGAUUUGUCCUUGCAUUCCCCCCUUUCCUCUGAGGAUCUGUAAAGUGCUUUACAAACUCUAAACCUCACCACAUCCCUGGCAAAUAGCUGAGUAUUAUCCCCAGCUAGAUGGGGGCAAACCAGAAACACAGAAACAGAAUGACUUGGUCCAAGGUUGUCUAGUCAGGAAUAGGGCCCAGAAACUGUGCUGCUUGAACUACUAGACAGCACUGACUUGAUAAAAUGCUAUCCUAGUUAUGCCUAGGUAUUGCAGCAGAUGUGGUGUACGAAAAAGAAGUAUAUUGCCUUAUUCGAGACAAUGCAGAGGAGGAGGGUAAGGAUGACGUCAAGUAACAGGGAAGACUCCAGAAUGACAUGAAAGAAAACGUCACCAUUUUGUCACUUCACCAGAAGUAGGGAAUGUAGUCUUACAAUUAGAGACAUUGAGUGUGGUUUAGUGGCUGGGGCCCUGAACCAGGAAUCAGGCAACACGAGUUCCAUUCUCAGUCCUGCCACUGAUCUGCUGUAUGACUUUGGGCAAGUCACUUCUGUUUCCCCUCCUACCCUUUGUCUAUUUUGUCUGUAAGCUCUUCAAGACAGAGAUUUUUUUUUCAUUGUGCAUAUGUACAGUGCCUAACACAACAGGGCCAUGAUCGUGGUUGGGGUCUUAAAGCACUACGGUAAUAUUAAUAAACAAACUUGGCCACAGCUGCUUUAUGCAGAGUAAUAAGUGGGUAGAAUAAGUUACCAGAGCAACAACUGAAGCAAGGAAUAUAAAUUCAUGGAGACACUUACAGCUUUAAAAAAAAAACAAAAAAACACACACACAAUUCAUAAAUACAUGGAUGAUUCAUUAGAUCUCAUAAGUCAAGCUAACAAUCUCAAUACAAAUAUUGGGUUAUAUAUUCCUACAGUUCUCAUGGACUAUAGAUCUUCAAAGCCUUUCUUAACCAUUUGCUAUUUCAAGAAUAUAAAACAGUCACAUACAUUGAUUUGUAUUGCGGUAGCACUUAGGAACCGCAUUGUGAACCAGGACUGCAACGUAUGACAUGCUGUACAAACACAAAACAAAAAGACAGUUCCUGUUCCAAAGAGCUUACAAUGUAACAGUGGCUCUCCAGCCCCUGCCUGGUCAAAAUGGAAGGGGCAGCCACCACUGAGACUUGGACAUUUUUCCCCAAAGAAAUCUAAGUAAUAAAUUCAGUGAACUUUUUAACUGCUUAGAAAUCUUUCAAUAUUUAAAAUGAAACUAGCAUAACUACUCCUUGCGGAGGUUCAGCAGUCUGUGUAGUUUGAAGUUGUGCUACUUCUCAGUUUCAGUACAUGGAAAAAGACUCUUGAAUUAUGUUUUUAAAGUGGGAAAAGUACAUUGUAUAUACUCGUUUAUUAGCCCGUUUGUUUAUAAGCCGACUCCCCAAAAUUGAUAGGUAAAAAUAGCAAAAACUGUAUGAC